AUGGUGCGGUGGCACGUGCCAGGUCUGUCGACCAGUAGCAGCUCGAGCAUAGAUGGCGUCGCGGUGAAAGGCGACACGGCAAAGCUGCAGAAGCUUCUCAGAAAGGGCGCGGACGUGAAUGCGCGUGCGCGUGAGCCGGUGCUGGUGGGACGGCGCCCGCUGCAUGCUGCCGUGGCCGCAGGAAACGAGGCCAUGGUCGAGGCGCUCCUUGCUGCGGGUGCUGACGUGGACGGAAACGACGAUGUGAGUAAUACCCUCGCUUGCAACGCCAUGCAACUGCAUUUUCACCCUCCCUACCUUCCUAUCCCGUUCCAUCCGGUCGGACACUUGCUUCCCCCGACUAAUGCGCAUCCCUCGGUCACAACGUGCGUGAUUUCGCUGCAGUUCGGCCGCACGCCCCUUCACUACCUGGCGGCAAGUCCGUCCCCGCGUCUGGGCAUCCUCUCGCAUCUGCUCAAUGCCGGCACCGACUACGCCAUCCGAGACAGGAGCGGCAGCAUGCCCAUCCACGUGGCGAUGUCAGCAGGCCACGUGGCAGUGCAGGAGGCGCUGACGGCGUUCGCGUUGGAGCACAGUGCGGAGUUUGCGUUCUACGAGUCGGGCCAGUGGCGCCCCUUCGACGGCGACGCCUCGCGCCUGCUGGGCUUUGAACUCGCGGAGGGCGUCGGCUUUGCUACGCUCGCCACUGCCACCGGCGCACACUACAUCGUCGACUUCCAGCAACAGCUGCAGUUCAACGUGUCGUCUUUCUUCUGCAAGUCAAUCAGCUGGCGAGUGCUGCCCAGCGGCCGCUGGAACCGCCCCUCCAACCCGCACCAGGGGCUGCACCCGGGCAGCCAGGACCCGCGCCUCAUGUACCGCUACGACCAACAGCUGCGCUCCCUCGCCCAAUCAGGCGUCGACAUCUGCCCCGUCUACUUCUCCCUCACUGGCCUUCCUCCACACCCCUUGCUCUCGCAACCGGCGCCCAGUGCUCAGUUCGUCUCGCGCCUCUCCUCGUCGCCCCGCCGAGACGGAGAGCAUGGUGAUGGUGAAGACGAUGAUGGUGAGUAUGGUGAUGAUGGUGAUGACGGUGAUGCGCAGAGGCCGUCUUCUUCCUCUGCUGGAGUGGCUGCAGCUGCUGCUGCCCUCCCCGCUGCUCUACACAUGUCUGAUGACCUCAGCAGUGAUGUCCCUGACUCCGAACCAAACACUCCUUUGGCUCGGCGCCAACCAGGGCAACGUGCCGCUGAUUCGGAUGACGACGAGCUGCCGAGGCUGCAGGUUCUGAGGUCUGGCACAGAUGAGUACGACGAGAUUGUGGCUCGGUUUGUGGCUGGAAUGCUACGGGACAGAAAUGACCGCCCGAACAUCAGCUUCCGGCAGAACAGUGUGAGUGGAGGGGUGGUGGAGCAGGAGGAUGGCAUGAGGCCCGUGACAGUGUCGUCAGUGCAGCAGGUGCUGCUGCCUGCUGCCCGCACUCAAGCCUUUGAAGAAGCUGUGAGAGAGCUUAAGGGAGCCAGAGGGGGCGAUGGCAAUGUGCGGCUGGCAUGGCACGGGGCCCCUCGUAUGGCAGUGGAUCGCAUAGUGUCGAGCGGUUUCUCCCUCUCCUCCUCCGCUGCCGCCCGCAACGGCAGGCUGUAUGGGGAUGGAGUGUACCUGGCACCGGAACAGAGGGCCUACACGAGUGCAGAGUUUGCAGUGGCGGAUAGCGAGGGGCGCAAGCACAUGCUGCUGUGCCGUGUGGCGCUUGGGUCGAUGGAGGCAAUCCCGUUUGGGUCGUCCCAGCAGCGGCCUAGCAGUCUUCGGUUUGACACGGGAGCUGACAAUGUCAAUGACCCUUCUCGCUAUGUGAACGUAGCGUCGCAGCUGCUCGACCUUAUUCGCACGCGACGGCAGCCGAUAUCGCAGGAAUCGUCGCAAGGACUGUCGCAGCCGUCGUCGGUAGGCGAUGCACCGCGAAACUUAUCGCAGCAAGUCGCGAGCGGUCGACCCCCUCUAGACCCCUCGACCUCCUCGCCGAAGCUCGUCAGCACAUCGGACUACGUAUCUGUCUCGGCCGUUAAAUCUGCUUCGGCUGUUCUCGGUUCCGCGCAUGUCCCCGCCCACUACUCACUUAGCGCCCGGUCCGCCACCGCGGAGGUCACGAGCUCGUUAGUCACGCCGUCCGCCUCCGCGCAUGGCGGAACCUGCGCGCAGCCGGCGGAAGACCUGCGGAGCGGGAAGAGAAUGCGGACGGAAACCGGCGUAGUUGACGCGGCGUGGGGGGGAGGCGCGGUAGGUCCGGCGACGCCGGAGCACGCGGGGUCGGACUCGUCCGCGCCGGGCGGCGCUUGGGACGUGAGCAACGUGCAGAUAUCGCAGCUGCUACAGGAGAUGGACAUGUUCUUUCCGCCCGACGACGACGAUCUCAGCGCCUUCGCGCUCGCCUUCGACGACGACCCGCUCGACGCCAGCGCCGCCGCGAACGCCAUCGCCGCCGCGAAUGGCGCUGCGCCUGCGUUUCCCGCGCAGGACUCCAUCGGGGAGAUUCUGAACGGCCUCUCGCCUGCCGGUCCACCGUGCGCCGAUUUGCCGGCUGCUGUUCCUGCCGUGCCGGCCGUUGGUGUUCCGGCCGUUAGCUUGCCGGGCGGCCCGGUGCCCGACGUGCAUGCCAUGCGCCGCGCAGACUCCGCGGACAGCGCGGGGAUUACUCCGCAAAGCCUGUCGGGGCUUGGUAGUCCGCAUAGCAGCCUGACCGCGGGUGAAGCGGGCGGAAGCACUGGCGGAAGCGCCGGAGGCGCUCCGACGCUGACGUCCGUUGAGAGUGCGGAACUGCUGGGGGACUUUUCGCGCGUUUGCUGGGUUGGGGAAGCGGAGAGGCCCGCGGAAGGGGGAGCGGCGGAGCAAGAAGGGGGAGGGGGACAAAUAGGGAAAACUGCGCUUGCGGGGAGCGCGGGAACUGGGAAAGGCACGGGCGGGUGGCGCGAGCAAGUACCUGCCACGUCAGCGUUUUCGGGGGAAAACGGUGGCGGGGGGGAUAAUGGCGCAAGCGGAAGCGGCAGGACUGGGGGCGCGAUUCCCGGCGCGCGGUCGCUGAGUUUGGGGAGCCAGUUCCGCCGGCAGCAGAUCCUGCAGACGCUCUCCUCUCCGCCCGCCGCCCCGCAGCCGCUGCAGUCACAGGUGCAGCAGCAACCGCAGCAGCAACAGGCUGGGAUGCGCCCCACGGGCGCAAUGCCUCCCCCCAUGCUGCCCCCUCGGCAUCCCCAGCAGCAGGCGCCACCCCCCAUGGCGCAGCAGGCGCAGCUGGGGCAGCAGCAGGGCGCAGAGCAACAGCAGGGAAACCGUUGGGAGGCGGAGGCAUUGCCUACAGGGGGGCCGCUGGGCGGUGGGGGAGGAGGAGGAGGAGGAGGAGGAGGAGGAGGGGGAGGGGGAAGAGGGGGCGGGCUGCUGAGAGUGCCGUCGGACUAUCUAAGGCUGCUGGCGGAGAGCCAGGAUGGGGGGAAGCGCGCACGGGGGGCGGAGAGCGAGUGGCGUGCGCUGCAAGUAGCACACGGCGGGUCAGUGGUGUUGAGUGCGGGCAUGAAGAGCGAUUCUGUGGCCAGUGCCGACAUCACCGCGCUCCUCGAGGCCUACCCCCUCCCCCCGCAACCGUUGUCAGCACAGCAGCAGCAGCAGCAGCAGCAGCAGCAGCAGCCGUUGCAAGUGCAGCAGCAGCAGCAGCAGCAGCUGUUGCAAGCACAGCAGCAGCAGCAGCAGCAGCCGUUGCAAGUGCAGCAGCAGCAGCAGCAGCAGCUGUUGCAAGCACAGCAGCAGCAGCAGCAGCAGCAAUCGUUGCAAGCACAGCAGCAGCAGCAGCAGCACCAGCAGCAGCAAUUGCAAGCACAGCAGCAGCAGUCAUUACAAGCACAGCAGCAGCUACAGCCGUUACAAGCACAGCAUCAGCAAUCGUUACAAGCACAGCAGCAGCAGUCGUUGCAAGCACAGCAGCAGGGAUGGAACCAGUCUCCUCCCUUUCAACCACAAGCAGUCCCCCAACACCCCAACGGACUGCAGCAUGUGCCACCCGCACAUGCCAUGCCACUCACACAACCACCACCAGUAGCGUCUGCAAGCCUUCCUCAAGGGGCCUCACCAGGGGAGGCAGGCACAUCUGACCACACGCCUCUGGCUGCGCCCCUCCCUCCGCCCUUCCGCCCAGUGACGUCCCCCAUGGAGGUGGCGCUCAUGGAGUGUGCAGCGGCCGUGGACAGGCGCGACCUGGGGCAGGCGCACUCCCGCAUGUCCGCCCUCGCACACCUCGUGUCACCGCACGGCACCGCACAGCAGCGCCUGGGGUACUACUUUCUUGAGGCGCUGGCGGCUAGGAUUGCGGGGACUGGGUCGGCUAUUUACAAGGUGGGUGGGUGGCCAGUCUGCCCGGCCCUUCAGUCGCGGCAGGGCAGCCAGCCCGGUCCAUCGAGCAAAGCGAUGCUGUCAGCCGUGCUGGUGUUCUGUGAGGCGUGCCCGUGGAUCAACUUUGGGCACCUGGUGGCGAACGGCAGCAUCCUGGAGGCGGUGGAGGGCGCAAGGAGGGUGCAUGUGAUCGACCUGGGCAUCACUCACGGCACACAGUGGCCCACGCUGCUCGAGAGCCUCGCCACUCGCCCUGGCGGCCCGCCCCACUUGCGAAUCACGGGGGUGGAUGCGCCUCUCACCGGGCUCAAGCCUUCCUCGCUGGAGGAGACGGGGCGGCGGCUGUCGGCGUUUGCGCGGGUGAUAGGAGUGCCGUUUGAGUUCACGCCCAUCACAGAGCAGCUCGACGACCUCAAGGCUGAUCAUUUCGCAGUGAGGAGCGACGAGGUGUUGGUGGUGAACUGCCUGCUGCGGCUGCACCAGAUGCGAGACGAGAGCAGCGCUCCGCACGUGCCCAGCCAGCGCAACUGCACGCUCCAGAUGAUCCGCUCCCUCAACCCCGCCAUCGUCACUCUCAUUGAACAGCACGCGGAUCACAACAUCCCCUCCUUCCUCUCGCGCUUCCGAGAAGCACUACACUACUUCAGUGCGCUCUACGAGUCGCUAGACGCCAGCCUGCCAUGGAACAGCACGGAGCGUGCGCUGGUGGAGGAGCGCAUAUUCGGGCGCAAGCUGGUCAACAUCAUCGCCUGUGAGGGGCGCGAUCGCGUGGAGAGGCACGAGAGCCACGCCAGGUGGCAUGAGCGCAUGCAGCGGUGCGGGUUCGUGCCGCGCGCUGUCAGCGCUGACGUGGAGGAGAACGCGCAUCUGCUGCUGAAGCGGUACAGGGAGGGGUACGGCAUAGAGCGGCGCGGCGAUGCGCUCAUCAUCACUGGGUAG